AUGUCUUCUGCCCAGCAGCGUCUGAACCAAGUGUCCUCCCACAUCGGCCCUGGUGGCCAGAAGGGAGCCGCCGCCCUGACCGAGAAACAUCCCGAUGAUAUUGUCGUGACAUGUGCUCUGCGCACUGCUCUUACCAAGGGUGGAAAGGGUGGCUUUAAGGACACCGCCGCCGCCGAUCUGCUGGCUGGUGUCUUUAAGGCCGUCAUUAACAAGAGCGGCAUCGAUCCCAAGACCGUCGAGGACAUUGCUGUUGGCUCUGUCCUGCCCCCGGGUGGUGGUGCGACCGAGUUCCGUGCCGCCGCUCUGGUUGCUGGUUUCCCCGAGACUGCCGCCGUGAAGUCCUUGAACCGUCAGUGCUCAAGCGGUCUCCAGGCCAUCGUUGACAUUGCCAAUGCUCUGAAGUCCGGCAUGAUCGAUGUCGGUAUCGGUGCCGGUGUUGAGAGCAUGUCCUCCCAGUACGGCCCCGGUGCCGUUACCGAGUUCUCCGAGCUCCUCGAGAACCACCCCGAGUCUGCCAACUGCAAGGUUCCCAUGGGUGUUCUGUCCGAGGACAUGGCCAAGGACCGUGGUGUUACCCGUGCUGCCCAGGACUCCUUCGCUGCUUCCUCCUACCAAAAGGCCGUCAAGGCCCAAAAGGCCGGUCUCUUCAAUGAGGAGAUUGCCCCUCUUGAUGUGAAGUGGACCGACCCCAAGACCGGCGAGGAGAAGACCAUCACCGUCAAGGCUGACGAUGGUAUCCGUGAGGGUAUCACCGCUGAGUCUCUCGGCAAGAUCCGCCCUGCCUUCGCCAAGGACGGCUCCAUCCACGCCGGUAACGCCUCUCAGAUCUCCGACGGUGCCGCCGCCGUCCUGCUCAUGAAGCGCUCCACUGCCGAGCGCCUGGGCCAGAAGAUUAUCGGCAAGUACGUCGCUGCCAGCGUUGUCGGUGUCAAGCCCCUGCUUAUGGGUGUUGGCCCCUGGGCCGCCAUCCCCGUUGCCCUGGAGAAGGCCGGCAUCACUAAGGAUGAUGUCGACAUCUACGAGAUUAACGAGGCCUUCGCCUCGCAGUGCGUGUGGUGUGUCAACGAGCUUGGCCUGCCCCAGGAAAAGAUCAACCCCAAGGGCGGUGCGAUUGCCUUCGGUCACCCGCUUGGCUGCACCGGUUCUCGCCAGGUUAGCACCCUGCUGACCGAGCUCAACCGGACCAACAAGAAGAUCGGUGUCACCUCCAUGUGUGUGGGUACCGGUAUGGGUAUGGCCGCCGUCUGGGUGGCCGAGUAA